GAACAGACGUACUUAGCAGUCAGCCAUGUGAUAGAUAGGAGGAGGGGCGGAUGAGACCUCGCCACGAUGCAUGAGCUCAGACUAUGGAGCGGUUUGGAGUAACAGCAUCGAGCCGAAGACCCAAAGAAAGAAAAACACGAGCGUGUUCUUCUGCAGGACCUUUCUGCGUCAUUUUGAAGAUGUUUUUGUUGACCGCUUCUUAUCUGGAGACGAAACACGUCGAAGCUGGAGAUGUGGUUGCGAUGCUUGGAUCUUUCGCCAUCUUACCCUGUCAAACGAGCACAAGUGAUCGUCUGUCCCAGAUCACAUGGCAGAAAACGAUCAAAGGAAAAGCACCGGAUGAUGUUUUCCUGACAAUUCAGCCCGUAAUUGGACUGAAGUAUAGUAAUGGAAAAGAUUUCAGAUUUGAAUUUAUUGGGAAUUUCAAUAACAAAAAUGGAACCUUGAAAUUGUCUAAUGUUACACUGAAGGAUGAAGGAAGCUACACAUGCAUCUUCAGCUUAUUCCCAAGUGGAACGCAAAACAAAGUUUCAAAACUUGGAAUACUUGUGCCCCCAAAUACAAAUCUGAUGUCUUAUACACCCAUUGAGGGAAAUGAGGAGGUUCCUCUUGCAACCUGCACAGCUGCUGCUUCCAAACCUAAGGCAGAGGUGAAAUGGAUCAUAGGUUCUCUGGAAGGAAAAGUUCGAGAAGAAUUCAAUGAAACUCAGCAUGCUAAUGGGACGACCACCACACGGAGUACGCUGGUUGGAAAACCUGGGAGAGAGAUGAAUGGUCAAUUGGUGAAGUGUGUCAUCUCAAGUGAGACAGUAAAAGAAGAAAUCCUGGAAACCAUCAUCCAGGUCCUCUACUCGCCUGAAAAGGUCCACAUUAUUGAACGAUCCAAACUCUCUUUGGAGUGUAUGUCAGAGGCAAACCCAAAUGCCACACUUAUCUGGAGCAGAUCUGGUCAGCCUCUGCCUCCAUCAGUUCAAGUUGUGGGUGCAACGUUGCAGUUUCCAAGCCAGAGCAAUGACUUGUCCGGCCUUUAUCAGUGUGAAGCCAAAAAUCCAUAUGGAAGCAAACACACAUACCUUUUAGUCCAUUUCUCUACAGGAAACUGCACGGUUGCCUGGGUCCUCACUGGUCUCCUGACUUUCCCGAUUAUCGUUUUAGGGGGGGUGUAUUUUUAUAAAUCUAGAAAACUUCAAAGUUUUUGGCCACGUCUUCAGGGUGAGACGCAACGAGAUGCAACAAGAGACUACUCAGCGGCACAGCCGGAAGGAGAAGAGAGACCUCCUGAAACGGUGGAACUUAGAUUCUCUGACUAAUGAUGUCCAUCUGGUGCGAUUGUGGAAUUUGAUUUUGAAGAGAGACCUCAAAGGGACAUUUUGUGUUCCCACGGAAGCAAAAUCUGAUACUACUUGAAUAAAGGCAAUUCUGCCUUUGGCUUGGCUGCACGCUCACUGAAUACACGCAGUGAGGACUCCAAACACCAGAGGAGGAUGUUGAUGGACUUUUUUGCUUCGCGCAGGUAAAAGGUCGUAAGCUCUGGUAUUCAAAUGAAAAAAGAAAGGGAUGGAUGUGUUCACAAAGUCCUAUUCCUUCUUCUUUUAGUUCACAGCUUUUACAAACAACAAUUAGUUUUUACUCUGUCAUUUCGUAUUUUGAACGUGUGAGCAGAGGUUGGGGUGCGCGCAACAACGCACUGGAGAAGUGACAGGUAGUCAUGUAACCUUUAAGUCCCAAAUCAGCAGACUUGCACUCACUUUUGCCUCAUUUGGCAAGAAUUUUCAUUUAUGGAUAAUAAUUUAUAAAGUAACAUCAUUUACAAGUAGUAUAAAUUCUAAUUAAAAUUGGUGUAAAAAAAAAGUCAUCUCUAAAAUGUACAUUUAACAUCUUCUGAUCCUCACCCAGACUACAGCAUAGCAGCACUAAACUAAACAUGAAGGAAUCAACAGACACAGAACCUCACGGAAACAUGUUGGAUCAGCCCAGCUUAUUGAUUAUAAUUGAUCCCAAUUGGUCCCAAGCCCGGAUAAAUACAGAGGGAUCUAUGUGGAAUCUGACGUAAAAUCGUUGCCAAACCAAAUUUGCAAAUCAGAUAUUCAUACCGGUUGGGUCAAGGCCCAGGUUAACAACGACCACCAUCGUGCCGUUCAUUGACAUUGUUAUUAAUAUAUACUUGGGUAAUAUAUUUUAUUAAUAGCAUAAUUUAGAAAUUGAUUCAAAUUCUCAAUGAGUUGUGUGCUGACCAACUCCGUGCAGGAUUGGAGAUAAAUCCAACUCAGAGCAUUUUACAAUAAAGUCCCCCUCCGAUGAGAAUCAUGUUUUUUGAGUUUUUAACACGUAUGUGUGGCAUUUUUCUUCUGAAAGAGAAAAAAUCUAAUAAGAAAUCAUUUCGUGUUUGCAUUUCCGAGUAUUUCUCCUUUUAAGUCGCUGUCACUCAAAGUCCCCGAGAAAAUCUGUUUGAAUUCCUGAAACUUUCAUACGUCACAGUAGCUAAUGUAGCUGUAGAGGCCGGAGAAGAUAAUAUAACGCCCCACUUCUGUGCCGUGAAGGAUUGUAAUUCAGUGAAAGGCCAUACUGAUGUUAGCUUUUAUUAUUUUGUAAUUAAAAUACUUGUCCACUCCCAUGCAGUGAAGCCGCAGGUUGUUUUUCAGUUGGCCUCACGUAUUUAAAAUGAAACUGAAAGUAAAAUCCCAUCAGCUGUCACAAAUAAGAUGUCCGUCCGCGUUUGAUCUAAUCCGCGGAGGAACGCCGAGCAGCGGCGGGCCGCGACGUGCAGCCGCGAGCAGUGGCGGGCCGCGUUGUGCAGCCCAGAGCAGCUAUAGAGGAGCGGCGCUGCAACAGCAUCUCCGCUAAGGAUCCACCAGGUGGUUUAACCGGACACCAGAACCGUUCUUCUGAACGUUACCCUUCAUCUGCAUCUAAAAACGUCACCACUGGCUUUAUGCAUUUACUAAAUGCCACGCGAUUAGACCCUCUCUGUAUUAUGGGAUUUCAUUAGAUUUCUAGUUCAAAUGAAUUCAACAAUCAGUAUUUGCUAGCAUGAAGUCAGUGAUGAACCCCAGAUAGUGCUGCUGCUGCAAUGCAGCCUAAAUGUUAAUUUUUUAUUUGUAUUUUUAUUUCUUCAUGGACUUAUCAAAGUCUGUGUCUGGCUAGCACUCCUUGCGAGAUAAGGGGUGGGGUUACGCAGCGUAGCACCAUAAGCCACGCCCACACAGAGAUUUUUUGAAAAGAAGGCUUCAGAUCAACAGGAAAAAUGGCUUUUUAGACAAAGACUUAUUCGAGAUGUGGAAUUUUUGUUAAGAACUUCACAGUCCUAAUGUACUCUAUGCAGCUGUGUGACGUAUUUCCGGUUUUGAAUAAGACUGCUUACUCUCUUCCGGCUGUGGCUACCUAUAUGCGUGGACUUGGCAAAUCUCUGCUCUAGCCGCAUGACAGCUAACAUAACAGGACUUCAUUAAAUACUGCAACGUUUAGCUUCGGAUUUAAAUAAGAUACAUGAAGCAAUGCAGCGAUCUGCAUCUUGCCUGUACCUAUAACGUGUCGCCAACAUGAAUGUCCAUCAGUUUUAGAGCUAGUCGCACAUAAACGUGCUAAAAACAUUAGCAUUAGCAAGUUACCAUCGAAGUUUCCUAUGUAGGGCAACAAAUACAACUUAAAAUCUUUUUGCAUUUUUAUUUUGGGGUAUUUUACUAGAAAAACAAACGAUGCGUGUAACAUAAUUUAUAGUGACUCUUGUUAGCUCCAAAAGACAUAUUUUAAAGUCCAAAUACUCCACAUGAACAACAGCCCACGACUGAGCCCAAUGACUGAGCAGUCAAAGGCUGAAUGUAGAAGUAGGUCGUGCAUAUAGUCCAUUAAAACCCCACUGGGAACAUUUAAAGAAAAUAAAAAAAAAUGUUGUAGGGUGAGUUUAGCUAAUUAUCUAUGUUCUAGAACUUUUAUUGUGUCUCUCCAUUUCAAAACGCUUGAUUUUUUUUUUGUAAAACACAAAAUGUAGGAGCUUGAAAAGUUCAUUUUAUCAGACAAAACUUUUUUUUUUUUAAUACUCUUUUCUCUUCAUGCUUCCUGAUCACAGAGGCCCUUAAUGACUCUUAACAGAGCUAGUUUGUCUAUUUUUAACUUGACCCAAACAGAAAAGUGUGCCAGUCUUGUUAAGAUGGUGUCAUUUCAGAGCCAAAAAAAAUAAGUUCAAAUGAAGAACAUGAAUAGAUGCCUUCUGUGUGACAGCUGUGUUUUUGCAGAGUUUAAAUGUUAAACAAAUAGUCAUUCUCAACAGAAUCUGCUGUUUACACCAAAAACCAAGGACUUACUCACCAGUGUAACUGUCAACAUGAUGGCUGGGUUUUCCACAGGAACCUUGGUCUUUUUUAAUCUUAAUCUGCUUGAUCUUGAUUGGACAUCCUGCUUAGCAGCUGAACAAGCAGACAGGAACUGAGGGGGGUUUUUUGGCCAAAGAACUAAGUUAUAGACUUGAAAAGAAAAAAAGUGUUAGUCUGAUCUUUUUAUAUUUAUUUAUUUAUUUCAUGCAUUCUUUUUGUGUUAUUUUACUUUUUAACUUUACAUUAGACAAAAAAAAGAAACAGCUUCCUUCCUCUGCCUGCUGCUUUUUGUUUGAUUGUUGAGCAAACGCGAGCUUUGAUCGUUAAUGUGUGGCGAGAGGUCAUGGGUAGCAUCACUGAGAAGAGCAUGUGAGCUCUGGCAUGUGAUAAUCGAGAAUUUGGCAAUAUGAAUAUAUUUGUAUGCAAUCCGGCUAUUUGUUUGUCCAAAAACACAGUAUUGCAACUCAAAAUAAGCAUAGAAAAUCUGGUCAAAAUGUGCACGUAUAAGAACACGUUCGGUAAAAAGUUGGAAUCAUGUUUCUUUUACAGAGCUGCCUUAUAUGUGACUUUUUAGUUAACUUAAAUGAUGUUUUUUGAUUGUUUUUAAUUUACUUUUUUUACACAUUACAUUUACCCACAUGAAACUUUCUUUACAUUUGUUACAUGAAUAAAUACCCUUCAAAAAUGUAAAGAAUUUGAGAGCUUUAAAAUCUUGAUGAUACACUAAAUUUCCCCCCAUUUUUUAUUAUUCUGUAAUUUAAAUAUGCUCUAGAAUCAUUGCAUUUCUCAUCUGCUGUACUUGUUUUGUCCCCUCUAUGUAUUUUGUUUUCUUCAUAUACUGUGUGUGUUAUGUAAACCUUUCAAAUAAAGGUUAAAAAAAAAAAAAAA